UGAUUUCUGCCCUCAGACCGCUUCGGCUGUCUAACGGGACUUCACUUUAGAGAGAAAAGGGAGAAGGAAGACAGAAAAAAGGAAGAGCGGCGAGUAGAAGUGUCGAUAAAAAGGAGCCUCGUUCACAUGGCCACGUCACUGAGCUUUCCAGUGGCCUCCAGACCAGCACUGGCCAUGUGAAGGAGGGACUGCUUGACGAGAAGAGCAGAGACUCGGUGUUGGGAAAACGUUUCACACAGAGUAUGGCCUCCGCCAGAGAUGAUGGCAUCGCGAAAAGAGUGGCGCACGUUAAACAAGAGGACUUGGAGUGGAGUGAAGCAGAGGACGUGUGUGUCAAACUGGAGGAUCGUGAAGGUCGAAUCUCGAUGUUGAAAGUGGAGGACUCCGAGCACAAGGCUGUGGAGAUUAAAGUUGAGGACCACGUGCAUUUUGAACCACUAAACCAUGACACAAGGGAUUCUUUCAAGGAAGAGACUUGUGAGGAGUCUCGCUUCAGCGUACCACCGUGGCUCGCUAAUACCGCACAACUGGCUGCCCGGCAGAAUUCUAUGGAACUGAAAUCUGAGAUAGUGGAGUUUGAAGAAGACAUCAGCAAAGGAGAUGGGAGAAAGGCUGACGAGCCGAAGUCACCUAGGGCUGGUGGAAUAAGUUUCCAUGGGAAUGGCACCUUCACCUUAUCUUCAUUUGCUCUCCCCGAUCUUCAGUGCAGACUGUGGAACAAGGAGAAGAUGAAGACAUCGACAAGAGAUUUAGAGAGUUUGCCCACCGCCUUUUUGCAGUGUCCUUCUCUUCCUGCUGCUACUCUGAAACAGAGAGAAGCCAUCACCACUGAUCAACAACAAGUAUAUAAUCCAGAGGAGGAGACCUUGCAAGCCUACGGAAAAUGCAGGAAAAUGUUCAAAAACACUCAGUUGAUUCAUGCGAGACAGAAGCCAUGUGCUUGUUCUGAAUGUAGUAAACUGUACUUAAGCAGAGACGGUCUUCUGAAACACAAAAGGCUUCACACUGGUAAAAAACCUCACAAUUGCCCAGAAUGUGGGAAACGAUUCUCACGCAUAAGCAGCCUAAGGAGGCACACAAGAAUCCACACUGGAGACAAACCUCACAGUUGUGCUGACUGUGGCAGGCAUUUCUCAGACAGCAGCAGUCUUCAUAUUCACAUGAGAAUUCACACAGGAGAGAAACCUUUUUCCUGCUCUGAAUGUGGUAAACUGUACUCAAGCAGAGACAGUCUUCACAAACACAAAAGAGUUCACACCGGUAAAAAACCUCACAACUGUACUGAGUGUGACAAACAGUUCUCACAUAUAAGCAUUCUCAAUAUCCACAUGAGAAUUCACACCGGAGAGAAACCCCAUUGCUGUCCGGAAUGUGGCAAACGAUUCUCACGUAUAAGCAGUUUGCAACGGCACACAAGAAUCCACACUGGAGAAAAACCUCAUAGCUGUUCUGAAUGUGGCAAGCGAUUCUCCGACACUGGCGGACUUUAUAUCCACAUGAGAAUUCACACUGGAGAGAAACCCCACUGCUGUUCAGAAUGUGGCAAACGAUUCUCACGUAUAAGCAGUCUGCAGAGACACACAAGAAUACACACUGGAGAAAAACCUUAUUGCUGUUCCGAAUGUGGCAAACGGUUUUCUGAUAGUAGCACUUUUCAAAAGCACACGCAUAUUCAUACUGGAGAGAAACCAUAUUCCUGUUCUGAAUGUGGCAAAAUGUACUCGAGCAGUAGUAGUCUUGACAAGCACAAAAGAAUUCACACUGGAGAAAAACCUUAUUGUUGUCCUGAAUGCGGCAAACAUUUCUCAAACAGUAGCGGCCUUCAUCGUCAUAAAAGAAUCCAUACUGGUGAGAAACCUCACAGUUGUUCUAAAUGUGACAAGCAUUUCUCAGAUAGAAGCAGUCUUAAUAGGCACAUGAGAGUUCACACGGGAGAGAAACCCCACUGCUGUGCAGUAUGUGGCAAGCGAUUCUCGCAUUUAAGCAGUCUUCAGACCCACACAAGGAUCCACACCGGAGAAAAACCGUAUAGCUGUUCUGAAUGUGGCAAGUGUUUCUCUGACAGCAGGGGUCGCAUUAGCCACAUGACCAUUCACACUGGAGAAAAACCCUAUUCCUGUGCAGAAUGUGGCAAACGAUUCCCACUGAAAUGCAGUCUCCAGAGACACACAACUAUUCACACUGGAGAAAAGCCUUAUUGCUGUUCUGAAUGUGGAAAACGGUUCUCUGUCAGAAUUAGCUUUGAAAAACAUUUAAGAAUUCACUGUUGAGAAAAGUCGUGUUGUUAUUCUAAAUCUGACAGGUAACUUUCUGAUUGUAGUUCACUUCAGAAGCUCACACACACACACACAUUCACAGAGACGAGAAGCCAUAUUGUUGUCCUGGAUGUGUCAACAGACUUCGCUGUAACAUCUGUGUUCAGAAACACGUUGCUAUGGGUUAACCAGGGUCCCUUCCCUGGCUUGUGUUUAGAUUCCUUUGAGCAUUCGUGCCAGUUUAUCUUAUUUGGCCUUUUGUUUAAUAAAACCCCUCUUUUAUAAAAAUUAAAAAACAAUCUUGUCUUCGAAUUAAUGUACAGCCAUAGUUUCUCUUUCUAGUGAGAUAUUUUUUGGGAUGGUCUCAGUGAGGCCAUGGAUAAUGACUUCUAGCUGGCCUCAAAGCGAUUCUGGUAAACUCUCAGCUAAAUCAGAAUGAAAAAUGCAAUGCUGUGCCUAUGCUGUGUAGAGCAGUGAUGGAGUUUGGCAAAGUGGCCUGGGGUUGUACACUCACCGGCCACUUUAUUAGGUACAUCUUCCUAGUACUGGGUCGGACCCCCUUUUGCCUUCAGAUCUGCCAGAAUUCUUCAUGGCAUCGAUUCAGCAAGGUGCUAGAAGCCUUCCUCUGCGAUUUUGGUCCAUAUUAACAUGACAGCAUCAGUCAGUUGCUCCAUAUUUGUUGGCUGUACAUCUGUGAUGCGAAUCUCCUGUUUGACCACAUCCCAAAGAUGCUCUGUUGGACUGAGAUCUGGCGACUGUGGAGGCCAUUGGGGUACCGUGAACUCAUUGUCAUGUUCAAAAAACCAGUUGGAGAUGAUCUGAGCUUUGUG